CAAAUUCCAAAACCCUAACUAUAAAUCAAUAGUAAAUGAUUUCAUUGCCUCAGUUCGAUAGCUAGAAUCGUCCUCAGUAAAAGCGCUCUAAGAAAACCCUAACUUAACAAGCCAUGUCGAGGAGAAAGGUCAGAGAGCCGAAGGAGGAGAACACUGCCCUUGGGCCUGCCGUACGAGAAGGCGAGCAUGUUUUUGGUGUGGCUCAUAUUUUUGCUUCGUUUAACGACACAUUCAUACAUGUGACUGAUUUGUCGGGAAGGGAAACCAUGGUUCGCAUCACAGGUGGUAUGAAGGUGAAAGCCGAUAGAGAUGAGUCAUCCCCUUAUGCAGCCAUGCUUGCAGCACAAGAUGUUUCUCAACGCUGCAAGGAAUUGGGUAUUACUGCCCUUCAUAUAAAGCUCCGAGCUACAGGAGGUAACAAGACAAAAACACCUGGUCCUGGUGCCCAGUCUGCACUUAGAGCUCUUGCUCGUUCUGGCAUGAAAAUUGGUCGCAUAGAGGAUGUUACCCCUAUUCCAACAGACAGUACCCGAAGAAAGGGUGGCAGACGUGGAAGACGGCUGUGAAUUGUUGCUUCAUAUCUAUGUUACUCGGCAGCUGCCCUCGUCUGCUGCAGUGCCUGGAGUUCUCUUUCUUUGUUGAACAAUUUUGAUUUGAGAUUCUAGCUUCUUGCACGUUUAUAGUUCCGUAAUGGAUUUUGAUCUUUAAACGAUACAUAAAAAAGUUGUGGAACUCUUGAAUCUAUCUUGGAAAUUAAGCUUUUAUUU